CCAGAUUUCUUUGCAACCGACACAAGAAUCGAUCAAGUUUUAGACUAGCUUUGAGGUUCUCGUGCUGCGCAUUCCAUACUGAACAAAAAUAAAAGUCGUUUCAUUUGCUUUCGACCUUCACACGAAAAACCAAACCAAAGAAAAACUUUCACCAUGUCGUUCCGCCUGAGCCCGCUGUUCGCCCUAGUGCCGCCGCUCGGGCUAGCGUCUAAUCCCGGCCUGCAUGAUCCGUGCCUGCCCGGCUUUUAUCACGCGACGCUUUCCGCAACGCAGGUAGAGUACGCGAGCUUGGAGAACGAAGAGGGUUUGGUGAGCCGGUUCCUGCCUCCGCCGGAACUGCGACAUACGAACCAGCGUUUCAGCGCGUCUAACACCGUGUUUGAAAUCGCCUUUGAGAACUCCGCUGGCCGCCUUCCGCUGCACGGCCAACCCGAGGACGAUGACGAGGUUGAAACGCUGGACCACGGACAGUUCCUUGUGAACGACUUCGG